CACACUGUUCCUUCUCUGCAUCUGCACGCAACGCUGGUUCAAGAAAUGAGGCGUUAUUAGACGAGGAAAGCAGCUCCGACACAGUAGCAGGGGCGCUCCACUCUCCAAUAUGGACAACAGAAACGUCGUCGUCUGCGACAAUGGCACAGGGUAUGUCAAGUGUGGCUUUGCUGGAGAGAAUUUCCCUACCUCCGUAUUCCCUUGUGUGGUGGGGAGGCCUAUGCUUCGGUAUGAAGAAUCACUUGUGGAACAAGAGAUAACGGAUAUUGUUGUUGGAGGUGCUUGCGCAGACUUGCGGCAUCAACUGGAUAUAUCUUAUCCUGUCAGUAAUGGUAUCAUUCAAAACUGGGAAGAUAUGGGUCAUGUGUGGGACCACACAUUUUUCAGUGAAUUGAAAAUUGAUCCAACGGAAUGUAAGAUUUUACUUACAGACCCACCUCUAAAUCCUUCAAAGAACCGUGAAAAAAUGGUUGAGACCAUGUUUGAGAAAUACAACUUUGCUGGUGUCUUCAUCCAAAUCCAAGCUGUUUUAACAUUGUAUGCUCAAGGUUUGCUGACGGGAUUAGUUAUUGACUCUGGUGAUGGUGUCACGCAUGUGGUUCCGGUUGUUGACGGCUACUCUUUCCCUCAUCUUACAAAGCGAAUGAAUGUAGCUGGCCGACAUAUAACAUCAUAUCUGGUUGAUUUGCUAUCACGGAGAGGGUAUGCAAUGAAUAGGACCGCGGAUUUUGAGACUGUUAGGCAAAUUAAAGAGAAGCUCUGCUAUAUAAGUUAUGAUUACAAGAGAGAAUAUCAACUGGGGCUUGAGACCACCAUCCUUGUUAAGAAUUAUACUCUGCCAGAUGGAAGGGUCAUUAAAGUUGGUACUGAACGUUUCCAGGCUCCUGAGGCUCUUUUCACUCCAGAACUGAUCGAUGUCGAAGGUGAUGGGAUGGCAGAUAUGGUAUUUCGCUGCAUUCAGGAAAUGGAUAUUGACAAUCGAAUGAUGCUUUACCAGCAUAUAGUCUUAAGUGGAGGGAGCACCAUGUAUCCUGGAUUACCUAGUCGUUUGGAGAAAGAAAUAUUGGAUCGUUAUCUCGACGUUGUUCUGAAGGGGAACAAAGAUGGGUUGAAGAAACUGCGAUUGCGGAUUGAGGAUCCACCACGAAGAAAGCAUAUGGUGUAUCUAGGAGGUGCAGUCCUUGCAGGAAUUAUGAAGGAUGCACCUGAGUUUUGGAUUAGCAGGGAAGAUUAUCAAGAAGAAGGAGUUGCUUGUUUGAGCAAGUGUGGCCAGGCAUGAUUUUGUGAGGUCACUUUGUCACCCCCUUUGCUAUUUGAGUAACUCGGGAGAGUGUCAUAUUACAAGCAUGAGCACGAGAGCUGGGACAUCUUUACCAAUGGGUUUGAUCAACCUAUAUAAGUACGAUACAAUUCUUCCAUUUUUACAUCCAUGUGUAGCUGUCCAUAAUCGUAUUGAAAGACUUUGAUGUUGAAAUAUUAAUUAAAUGAUUAAAUUCAGAAAUUCUUACCAGUUUAAACUUUUAAGACAAA